AUGGACGAUACUUCGGAGACCACGCUUCUUGACGACGAGCCACCAGAUGGAGGGUGGCUUGCGUGGUCUCAAAUUAUACCCGGCCACAUCGCCAAUAUGAUGUCCUGGGGUUACGGCACAGGUUUCUCAGUCUUCCAGCUCUAUUAUAAGCAGACAAUGAAUCUACCGGCUUCGCAGGUGGCUUGGAUAGGCUCGAUCCAAAUAUUCUUAUGUUUCCUCCUCGGUAUGGUAUCCGGACGACUGUCAGACGCAGGAUACCCGCGGCACUUGUAUGGUAUAGGAGCUAUAAUAUGCAUAUUCGGCAUGUUCAUGACCAGCUUAGCGAACACGUACUGGCAGAUUCUACUUGCGCAGGGGUUCUGUCAGGGUAUCGGUGCUGGAUUGAUGUUCAUGCCUGCGACUGCAAAUGUCGCUGUAUACUUCAAAAAGAAGCGUUCGCUUGCCGUGGCUCUCAACGGAUGCGGAUCGAGUAGUGGCGCUAUCCUAUACCCAGCCCUUGUCCAAUACUUAACACCAAAGCUUGGCUUCGCGUGGACAGUCAGACUAUGCGGUUUCAUAAGCAUCGUUUUGGCUCUCGUUGGAUUCUGCCUCUUGAAGCCGCGGAAACUGCGGAGAGUCCCUGCGCCCCUUCUCGACCUGGGUGCCUUUAGGAAUAUCCCAUACACCUUGUUCGCCACGGGCGCGUUCCUCAUUUAUUUCUCUCUGUUCACAAUGUUAAUAUACCUUAACUCGUUUGCUCGCGAGAGCAUUGGGCUAAGCGACUUGGAGUCUGUUAAUUUCGUGCUCGUUACCAAUGCAGUUGCUAUGCCCGCGCGCCCCAUAUUCGGCUAUAUUGCUGACCGUUACGUCGGCCCUGUCAAUACUUACGGCCUGAAUUGCUUUGCCUUAGGGAUCAUGGCGUUUGGUUGGAUAGGUAUCCGUAAUCGGGCAAGCAUGUAUGCUUAUUCUGUCGUUAUGGGUUUUGUGAACGGAGGUGCCCAGGGAAUAUUUUCGAGUGCAGCCAGCAGCUUUGUCGAAGACGUAGGGAAGAUGGGUACGUGGAUCGGGAUGGCAUUUGGCCUUUGCGGCUUUGCUACUCUGGCCGGACCUCCCACUAUGGGUGCCAUCAUUGAUGCUAGCGGAGGUAAAUAUAUAUGGGGGCAGAUUUGGGCGGGAUCAACAAUUGUUAUUGGAGGCACGAUAAUCCUCGCAACAUCUAGAUUGGUAGUACGGAAGUCGGGGAAGAGAAGCAUGGUAUAA